AAAUGGAUUCGUGUCUAGAAACCAUCAGAAACUUGCACGAGGAACGGGAACGAUUAAUCGAUAUAACUGUUAAGGAAAAAAUUGCAGAAAAGUUAACGCAUAAGGCCAAAGUUAAUAGCGAACAGCGAGUGAAAACAUUUGUCGAUAGGUACUAUUCAGUUUCCGCCGAGCUUGCCAAAUUUUAUAAAGAUGAAGACGGUUCGAAGAGCAUGGAAAUGGAUUCAGUUUCUGGUCCAAAUGAGUUCGCCGAAUUUUAUUCAAGACUGAAGGUCAUCAAAGAUGCGCACAGAAGAAAUCCAGACGAGCUUGCCGAACCACUCACCGUGGAGUUCCAAAAAAUCAAUGAAGAAAUCAUCAACCCUGAAAGAGCCGAGCCAGAUAUGGUUGAAUUCAGUGAUGAAGAAGCUUACGGUCGUUUUCUAGAUCUUCAUGCACAAUACGACAAAUUCAUUAACUUGAAGAACAUCAAAAGGGUUGAUUACAUGACGUAUUUGUUGAAUUUUGAGAAAUUCACAGAGAUACCGAAAAAUACUACCAAGAAGACAGGAGCAUAUAAAGAAUACAUCAAUUCCUUAAAAGACUAUCUUGUUUCUUUCAUGCAACGAACUCGCCCACUCCAUGAUCUCGAUUCAGUUUUCUCUGAGGUUAAUCAAACUGUAGAAAGAGCAUUUAAAGCAGGGAAUCUUCCUGGUUGGGAAGCUGAUAAAAACAAGAACGGACCUCAAGCAGCUGCUGUGGAUUUAUCUCCAUACAAUAGUGCUGAAGAACUCGAGGGAUUGGGAUUGGAACGUUUGAAAGGAGCUCUCAUGGCAAUUGGUCUGAAAUGUGGAGGAACUCUGAAAGAACGCGCUGAUCGUCUUUUCGCUACCAAAGGGCAUAAACUGUCAGAUCUCGAAAAAGCAGCAAUGUCUUCAAAUAAUUCCGAUGCCGAAAAGCAGAACGCUAAAAAUUUGACAUUGGCACAAACGGAAGCUCAUAUUAUGGCACUUGCUGAUAUUCUAGCUGAAGAACGUACUGGAACUCGCGAAAAUGUCGAGAGAAAACAAGCUAGAUCUGCUGGAGAGGUCGAAGAAGAGGAGGAGGAGGAAAUUGUGAUCGAGGAAGAGGAAGAAAUUGAUGAGAGUGCACCAUAUAAUCCAAAAAAUCUACCGCUUGGUUGGGAUGGAAAGCCAAUUCCGUAUUGGUUGUACAAACUUCACGGCCUCAAUCUAUCAUAUUCAUGUGAAAUCUGUGGAAAUCAAACUUACAAAGGUCCAAAGGCGUUCCAAAAGCAUUUCAACGAGUGGCGACAUUCUCAUGGAAUGAGAUGUCUUGGAAUUCCGAAUACCUCUCAUUUCGCCAACAUUACGAAGAUCAAAGAUGCACUGGAUUUAUGGAAUAAAUUGAAAACCGAAAAGGAGAUGGCUAAAUGGAAUCCGGACAUCGAUGAGGAGUACGAGGACUCCAGCGGAAAUGUGGUCACCAGGAAGAUGUAUGAGGAUUUGAAAAGACAAGGACUUCUGUAGACGCUAUUUUAUGUAUUCCAUUGUUCUUCUAAGUUAUUUUUUUUCCUUUUUAAUCUUACAUUUCUGUAAGUUUUUAACCAAUUGGUCUCAUUUUUCAAAUUUAAUGGAUAAACUUUUUUGUAAUUUU